AUGUCCCUCCCAGCCUCAGUCACCCUCUCAAACCUCACAGGCAAGUUUGUCUUCAAUGCAAAGCAGUCAGGCCCAACAGAACCCCCUCUCAAGGCACAGGGCGUCAGCUGGGUCACCCGCAAGGCAAUCGUCAACUCAACCCUCUACAUCACCCUCCUCCAUAAAAACGGCGGGGCGGCUGCUUCCGGUGGUGCAGUAGAAGAAAUCUCUGCAAAGCAAGAGGUCGGGUCAAUCGGCAAGUCCGAGGAAGAGUACAUCUUGACCGGUGAGUGGGCAGAGAAGGAGCACACUGUCUUCAAACACAUCAAGGCGAAAGCGGAGCGUGUCAAGGUCGACCAGCUCCCCCAUGCCUACCUUAAGCAAGGCUGGACUGCCUCGGAAAUGGAGGAUGGUUGUAUCUUGGUAGAGUCACACAACGACAAGGACAAGAACCCAAAUGACUGGCAUGCUUGGCAAGUUUGGGGCAUUGCUGAGAUUGAGGGAGAACGCAAGUUUGUCCGGCUCAACAAGCUCACUGGCGAUAAUGGCAAGGUUGAUAUCGAGCUCAGGCUCGUGUACGACUACACUGGCCCGGUCUAG